AUGGGACGUGCUACAAUAAGAUCAGGAUCUAUUAAUUUAUUAAACACCAUAAUUGGUGCUGGUAUACUUGCCAUGCCUUAUGGAUUGAAAAAUAAUGGAUUAUUAUUUGGUUGUAUAUUAAUUAUAUGGUCAUCAUUAACUUCAUCAAUGGGACUUUAUUUACAAAAUAAAGUUGCUAAAUAUACUGAUCAACGAGGUUCAGUAUCAUAUUUUAGUUUAUCACAAUUAACUUAUCCUAAUUUAAGUAUUUUAUUUGAUAGUGCUAUUCUGAUUAAAUGUUUUGGAGUUGGAGUAAGUUAUCUUGUUGUUAUUGGUGAUUUAAUGCCGAAAAUUGUUGAAAGUAUUGCGGGUAAAAAUGUCCCAUUAGAUUCAAUAUUAAUGGCUCGUAAUUUUUGGAUUACUAUAUUUAUGAUAAUUAUUGUCACUCCUUUAUCAUAUUUGAAAAAAUUGGAUUCUUUAAAAUAUACUAGUAUUUUAGCAUUAUUUUCAGUGGGUUAUUUGAUUUGUCUUGUUGUUGCCCAUUAUUUUUCUACUACUCCCACCUUUGCUUCAUCUUCAGAUAUAGUUUAUCAUUAUAUUGGUCCAAUAUCUUUAAAAUCUACAUUAAGUUCAUUCCCAAUAUUUGUUUUCGCUUAUACUUGUCAUCAAAAUAUGUUUGCUAUAAUAAAUGAAUUAAAACCAAAUGAUACCGACGGUUCACAAACUAGACAAUCAAAUUUAAUCAUUCGUAAUUCAAUUUCAAUUGCUUGUUUAUCUUAUUUAAUCGUGGGGGUUUUUGGGUAUUUAACUUUUGGUAAUUCAGUAAAUGCUAAUAUUAUUACUAUGUAUUCUCCAAAUUCAAUUUCUUCAUUAAUUGGAAGAUUAUGUAUUGUUAUUAUGGUUAGUUUAUCCUUCCCUUUACAAUGUCAUCCUUGUCGUGGAUCAAUUAAUCACGUGAUAUAUUUUUGCACCCAUGGAGUACAACAAUCGAAAUUUCGAACUGCCACUGCCACUGCCACUGCUACUGCUACUGGUGGUAGUAAUAACAACAACAACAAUAAUAGAGAUCAACAUGGAUAUACUUCUUUAAGUUCUGAUAUUGAAAGUUUACAAAGUAUUGGUAAUGAUACAACCAUUGGUGAUGGCAAUGACGCCAAUGAAUCAUUUAUAUCUACUACCCCAGUAGAAGGAGCUCAAGAUACUGAUGGUCAUGAUCCAAUUAUUGUUCCUAUGACAACAAAGAAAUUUUAUAUAAUUACUACAGUGAUUGUUAUAUUAUCAUAUCUUGUGGCAAUUUCAGUAACUUCAUUAGCUCAUGUAUUAGCAUUUGUUGGAUCUACUGGUUCAACAUCAAUUUCGUUUAUAUUACCAGGAUUAUUUGGUUAUUUGUUAAUUAAACCUGAAUCUGAAUCUGAAUCUGAACCCCAUGGUUCAUUAAAUAAUUUAGAAAAAUUUUGUAAAUAUGGUGGAUUAUUUUUAGCAAUUUGGGGGGUAUUAGUUAUGAUUGUUUGUUUAAGUGCUACAAUCUUUUUAGGUGCCACUCAUUAA